AUGGGGAUAAUGGACUAUAGUUUAGUAAAAAAAUUUAAUGAGAUUCAAAAAAAAAUAGAAGAUUAUGUUCGAGAGGGGGGAGGUGUACAAUGUUCUAUAAAAACUCUAGGUAUGGAUCAUAUUAAAGAUAAUUUCAAUCCUAAUCAAUGCAACAAGGCUUUGUUAUGUGUAUCCUAUAUGGAUUAUAUAAAGACAAAAGGUGAGUUUACUUAUGAAGACUAUUUAUAUAUGUAUUAUUCUAUAUAUAAUAACCUUAGGGAAAAUGGUUAUAGAUCAGAAAUACAUAUUAUAUGUAAUGCGCUGAUCAAUGCAUCUGGAUAUGGAAACAAUGGUAUAUGCAAUGAUUUUAACAGCGUUGGAAUUACUUAUAUAGAACUGGAGAAAAUAAAAAAUUUAUAUAAUAUGCACAAUAGUCUUGAAAAUAUAAAGACACAUUAUUGUAAAUCUAAUGAAAAUGAUGAUUUUUGUAAAACAGCAAAAGAUGUUAUUGAUGAAUAUUAUCCAACAAAGCAUGAUCCUAGUUGUCAAGAGGUCAUAUAUAAAGUACCGGUCACUCAUCAUAAAAAUAUAUCUAUUCCUAUAUUAGUUACAAUUAUUACAAUGUUAAUAAUGUCCAUUUUAUUAUUUAUUUUAUUUAAGUUAUCCCCAUAUGGAUCAUACUUAGUACGUAUGUUAAGAAGUAUUAAAAAUAUGUUUAAUAACAUCAAUGAAGAACGGAAUGAAGUGGAAGCAUCUGAAAUAUCCGGAAUUAUUUGGAAUGACAAUAACUAUAAUGUAUUAUAUAAUUGUGAUUAA